GCGUUUCUUGGUUUCCGGUGCAUAAAGGUGACCGAGGAGACUGAUCAUUGGAAGCGGGCGCUGCGUUUUCAAACCGGAGACCUUUGUGCACAGGUGGCCUGCAGGUAACAGGGACGCCACCAUGGUGCUGCACCCAGAAGAAGCCAAAGUGUUGCCCCCACCUGGCAUUUUGAAUAGGAAUUCAUUUUGGAUCGGAACGGUGAGCUGGUUCACGGCACUUCUGCACAACGCGCUGAACCGCAGGCCACCACUCAAAGCUGGUGUGCACCGCCAGGUUCUUUUUGUAAGCAUCGGAUGGUUUUUAGGUUACCAUCUUACCAAAUGGGAAAACUAUACACAUGCCAAGUUAGACAGAGAUAUGUCAGAAUAUAUGCGGCUACAUCCAGAACUUUUUAAACAAAAAGAAAAAAAGACUUUUGCUGAAGUGCUGGAGAAAUUCUACCCGAUUCGCUGAGUCUGAAGCUGAUCUUCCUUUAAAAUCAAGGACCUUCAAUUGCAAUGUUUUUACAGUCUGAUAAAAUCCUUUCUGAGAACUUUCUUGACUGGGAGGGCACACCUUAUAAAUGUAAAAUAUUUACUGAGUAAUAAAAUAUUUCUGACAAUGUG